AUGCGAGAUGCAAGGACAUCCCUUCUCGUUCCUGGCCUCCCAUGCCCCAAUAGCUGUCAUCCAAGCUCAACAGAGCCUGGCUUCCAACCAGUUGGCAUGGAUCGACCCCUGGUCCAAACUGUGCAUGCCCGGCAUCAAUGUUGUUUCCGCAUACCGUGAGAUAGCAUGACUGGGGUGCAUUGCAGGCCAAUCAAGGUCUCAUUCCUCCUCGCUUUCCCUGCAGAUCCUCAUGCGUGCGCCUCGGGCGGCUAGCCUAUUCGGUGGUUCAAACGCACGUAUGUAUGGCUGGGAUUUGUUUCUACAGCCAUACUCGGUUUCCCUCGUCUAAGUUUCUCCUCUUCGAUGCGCCACAAAGUGCCCCGAUCUCACUUCUUCCAUAUUGCUUCAACUUACUUGGCACACCUAACCACCUUGCUAUGACCAGGCUCGUGCAAUGUUGUCCCACUUCACAGCUCGUGCGGCAUGCAAGUGACUGCAAGAACGCUCGUAAGCUCACAGAGCAUAUGCAAUGGUAUGUGCUCCUCUGCAAGGGACCCCUGACAGAAGAUCGUUCCCUUCAGCCACCCCAGCUACAAAGUGAAAGUGGCAACGGAAAUUUCCUCCCCCAGGACUCAGCGCCAGCAAGGGGUGUUCAAUGAAUCCCUGUUAAUCUCCGAAUUCCAAUUUUGUUUCUAGGCGUCUUGCCUCUUCUGUAAUU